AUGUUUGAAAAUAUUAGCAAUAAUUCCACAAAGUUGGCCCACGAAAAAGUGAUAACUGUGUGCUUCCAGUCUGACGAAGCAAUUAUCAAAGCUGGCCGUGUGCUGGCUUACACAAUUAUUUCAUUACUCUCGCUGUGUGGAAACUCUCUCGUUAUUGGGGUCCUGUGGCAAGACCGAAAGAUGCGCAAACCAGUUAUUUAUCUUAUAGCCAAUAUGGCCGUUGCAGACUUGGCUAUAACUAUAGUAUACAUGCCAAGGAUGAUAUCAGCGGUGAUACGAAGCUAUGAUUGGUUAGUAGGAGGGACCAUGGGUCUCGUCUUGUGCAAAACAGUUCCCACAAUUCACCUGGUAUCAGUGAAAGUAACAAUCCUAACUCUGGUAUUCCUCAGCGUGGAGAGGUUUUCAGCAGUGUCGCCGUUUGCAGGCAACAAGUUAACAGUCCACAGAGUCAAGGUGAUUCUUAUUGCAGUUUGGUUGGUGUCUUUUAUGGUUCACACGCCAAACGUCAUUGCGCUGAAACUCGCACCUGGUCAGGGGGGAGCACUGAUUUGCCGGGCAUAUCUAAACAAGUUAUUUGGAAGCUCAAAAGGUAGAAAAAUCUAUGACAACGUCUUGGCAGCCAUAUUUUACGCGGCUCCUCUGUUUCUAAUAGUCGUUCUUUACAUGCUGGCUGCAAUUAAGUUGAGGAAUAGGAGAAUUGCAAGGAGCAAUGCAAGCACAAACGGACACGAAGCCUCCAAAGAUAAGGUGAACGCAAACGUUUUUAAAAUGUUGUUAGCUGUUACACUCGCAUUUAUAUCAUGUUGGCUCAGUUAUUUUGUCAUGCGCAAAGCAAUUAUCGGAGUUUCAAUAUCGUGCAAUGUUCAAUUUGUCAGGUACUUCUUGGCUCAUACCAACAGUGCUGUGACACCAUGCCUGUACAUAACAUUCAGCCAAAAAUACCGCAGUAGUUUCAAAAGCAUCAUGAAUAAAUUUAGAUGCCGUGUUCCGAGUCGAGUGCGUAGUGGAACAACACUGUCACUGCUCUCUCAGUCGGCAACAAGUUUUAGUUCGUUGGGUAUUUUUCCACGAGGUAUCAAUCUCGUAAGUCUCAGAGUCAACAAUAAUGAGAAUGGGACGACAGUCUAG